AUGGACGACUUAGAUGUACUUGCCGAGCUGGAGGAGAUGGCAAGAGUCUCACUGGUGCUGAACGAGCCAGGGAAUGCCGAACCUCUCCCCGCCGAUGUCACCAACCACCAACGCGACAUGGACUUGAAGGUCUCCCCUGAGAUACCCGACCACGUCGCCAAGCUCCCGAAGUUCGGUAAAGCGAAGUAUCUCCUCAAGCUCGAGAAUUCGAUUGAUUCACUCAAGGAUGUCCGUCGUCUAGGACGCAUGACAAUGCCACCCGAGGUGUUCAGUGCGACCAACGAGGAUGGGGACAAGACCAAAUUUUGCAAGAUUGGAGAGAAGUCCAAGUUCCACAUCUUGCAGCACUUCCGCCAUACCGAGCCCCGUUUUCAACCUACCAUCAUCAGAUACAACGUGGCCAACAAGGACCUUUUCAAGACCUCAAUCUACCCAACUCUUGGAUGCGACGCCACGUUCCCGCAGAACCGCAUCACCGGCGACGACGACCAGAGGCUCCUUCCUGCUCAGAAUGAGUAUCCGGUAUGGUACUUCUUCUACGGAACGCUCGCGGACCCCGACGUUCUUCGGGAGCAACUGGGCGUGGAGGUUAACUAUCGCGAGGCAUCAAUCAAGUGUGGUGUUUUGAAGACGUGGGGUGGAAAGUACAAGGCGCUUGUCGAUGCGCGUGAUGGCAAGGCGCCGCCUGUGAAGGGAAAGGCUUUUCUGGUCAAGGAUAAGGAAGUGGAGGAAACGCUUCGGACUUAUGAGACGGACAAGUACGAGGUUACGAGAUGCUUGAUUGAGAUGACGGAUUCUAUUGAGGAGGUCAGAGGCUUGACGUUCCGGUUUGCUGGGGAGGCGGAUGAGGCAGAGUAG